GAGACCAAGCUCUCCGUCUGGAAAACAGCAUCUUUCCCUUCGCUCAGCUCCUCCUCUCCUCCCUCUCGGCAUCGCUCCCACGCUCCAGAGCUCAGCCUUCAGCUCCCCGGAUCCACCCAAAUUCUCCAGAGCUGAAGUGGGCGUGUGGAGCCUCUGACCCUCUCUCGCCCACUCUCUUUCUCUCCCUCUUUGCUGCAGCUACUUGGGGCUAUGGAUGGACUGCGUUUACCUCCACUCAUCGAGGAGGCUGUGGACUCUACAGAUGACCCGUGUGAUCUGAAAGCUGAGAGCAGCCCCACCAUGGACAACGAGAUAACAGCCAAGGAGAGAGGAGUCUUGGAGGAGAACAAUGAGAAGGAGCAGAUGGACCAGGAGAGAGCUCAGGAGGAGGAGGGGGAUGAGAAGAAGAUGAAGGAGGAGGAAGGAGAAGGAGAAGAGAAGGGGAAGAAGGAGCAGGAGCCACUGACAGAGGAGCAGGAGCUGGAGCAGUUGAGGGCCCAGGUGCUGCAGCUGCUGCUGGAACUGGAGGAUGCUAGGGAGACCUCCAACAAACACCAGGAGAGCUUCCAUGAGCUGCAAGGUCUGUUGGAGGAUGAGCGUCUGGCCAGUGCCCAUCAGGCUGAAGCCUUUACCCGCCAGAUCCAGAAUCUACAAGCCCAGCUGCGCUCUGUGCAGGAGGAGAUGGAUAGCCUGGAGGAGGAGAAGGAGAGCGAGCUGGCCGAGGCCCAGGAGGAGCUGCGUGCCGCUCAUGAGGAGGUGCUCCUCCUGCAGCAGGCCGCAGAGGAGGCGGCAGCAGAGCGGGAAAAUGACAUUGCCACACUGCAGGAAGAGCUAUGUCGCCGGCGUGCCGAGCUGCAGCGCCUCAGCGAGGAGACCCAGGAGUAUGAGCUCGAGAUCACCACACUAAGGGCCGAGAUCAACAUGAAGAGCCAGCGCAGGGAGGCUGAGAGGAGAGAGGGUGAUGUGGACCUGCUGAAGGAAGAGUGUCGUAUGCUGAGAGAGGAGUGUCAGGCCCUAAAGGAGGACAACAGACGCCUCUCAGAGAGGCUGCAGCUGCUGCAGAGACAGAGGACAUGCUCCAGUGUCUACCUGUCACUGAAAGAGGAAGAUGCAGGGGAGGGCACAGAGGAGAAGGCGAUGGAGACAGGCUCGGAGGAGGUCAUGACUGAGAGCUACAUGACCAUAGUCCAGUCUGAGAACUGUCGCCUGGUGGACGCCUCCAUCCAGAAGAACAUUUCAUUUGAUGGGAAGCCUGUGACACCAACCAGCUGGAACGGAGGCAUUGGGGAGAUCUUCUCCCUGAGGGACCAGCUAAAACAGGCCGAGGAGAAGGCCUUACAGGUUCAGAGAGAGUGUGAUGGUCUGAAGAUGGAGUUGCAGGAGCUGCAGGUAUUGUAUGACAGCAGUCAGAGGGAGAGAGCAGAGCUGGAGGAGGAGCUGCAGCGCUGCAAGGCGGAGCUGGAGAAGCUGUCCGGGGGUGCUCAGGGGAGUGAGGUAGGUUGGAACUCCAUUUUGACUAUCACUGCAGCCACAGCAGUGCUACUAAUGAUGACUAGCUUGUUGAGAGCUCUGGUGCGAUGUUGAUUGGAUGGGCAACAACUGCACAGGGACAGAUAUCUCCUCCAGACCAGCUAUUGUUCUAUCCUGCCAUGUCUGUAGAAUGAACUGGAAUGUUCCUAAAUAUGGUAGAGCUGACAACUGCAUAGUAGAAAAUGUAUGGAAAUUUCUUUAGCUCUAAUGAGAAGGUACUUCUUGCACACACUGAUGGAGAAUGAUGUGCUCAGUCUCAUCUUACUGGUGUGUUUGAUGAAGAGACUACCAUGAUGCUAUGAUGAAGAGUUGACCUGCAGAGAGCCCACAUGAGGAUCGAUCUCACUCCACUAAAUGUAUGCAAGUGCUGUUUCAUUCCUCCUCUGUAUCUGUGAAUAUUGUUUUCUCUCCUUCAGCUAACAGUGUAAUGAAAUGAGGGGUUUGAUUAUUAAUGAGCACCAGAUGGUUCAAUUUAUUGAACCAUUAUUUAUUUAUUUGUUUGUUUAAAUAUUGGUUACCUCUGGUAAUAACAGCAAACGCGGAGUCUGGACACACUGAAAACCUUGACACAUACAUAUUCCCUUCAAAUGUUAAGAGAAAGAGCAGCUUGCAUUUUUGAUACUGAGUUGUUGACUAUCAGUUACUCCCCACUCCUCCAUGCUAAAAGCAUUAUAAAGCACAAUUACUGCAAAACUGUAUUAGAAGUCACAAAAUCUUUAUGACUUAACAUCAGUCUACCAUAUUUACCAGCCUGCAAGUGUUAUUCUGUCCUUCCCAAUAUUAGGCAUCAUUUGAUCCACUGUAAACACCAAUGAUAUGCUAUUACUAGGCGACAAUGUGACUAACUAAACAGCUGUUCCUCCAGGAAUAUGUAUAAAACUGACGUUUAACCUGAUGUCAUACCUGGUAGGUGGAAAGUUUUCCAGUGUGCUUUGCUUCAGGCUCUGUCUCUUCUGCCUGCCCUCAGUGUCACCUUUAAUUAGGUAGUUAACCACGAAUACCAGAAAGUAUUUCUGGUAAGCAGUAUUUCUGAUUAAUCUUGCCUGCUCAUGAACCUGAACUCUUACGCAAAAAAGUUGCAUUGCUACAUUUACAGUAUGGUUGUUGUUUUGCUAUGUACAAGUACAAAUAUCCCAGUAACCUUAGGAGCAAAUUCUGGGAUGUUUUCUUACAUUGCAACUAGAUAUGGGUUUCAGUGUGGAGAAAUAAACUUUUCUCUCUCCAGCAGGAUUUAUAUAUCUUGCUUUUUCCAAGUGUAUUGCUAUAAGAUUUAGCCUAUGGUGACUGCAGGAUUGUUAAAGGUACACAGUGUGAGAAUGGUGAAUGUUGGUGUUCACUUGUUUACAGAUAAACUGCAGAUAAACAUCUAAUAGGUCACACCUACGUGAGGGAUCAGGGUUAGUUGUUUGUGAGGGCAUUUUAGAAACAAAAUAUGUAAAUAAGAAGGUUGUUUGUCCAAACAUUGAUUAAAGUACAAAAAAUACAUGUAUACGUGGAAGGACUAUUGUUUACAUUUGUGAAUUUUUUUGUGUGUGAAAAUCUUUUAGGACUAAAAAAGCAUGCUAAAUGCAUAGAAGCACAGUAUAUGAUUUAUGUUGGUUAUGUUGAUUGUUACUUUGUAUUUCAUGUAAAUAGAUGUGACAUAUAGUACUAUGGGAGAGACAUUUCUUAAAUCCAUUUGUACUAGCUUUGUAGAAAGUUUAUUCUAUUUUGAAAGAGCAUCGUAUAUUUGAUAGCCAAAGUAUAUGUUAUGUAAAUGUUUAUUUAUGGUGACAUUAUUCAGAAGACCUACUAGCAUCGCUAAUCAUUUUUAGAACAUCUAAUGUAUGUUCAAGAGUAUUGUAGCCAUCGCAUGCAUUUAGAUUGCAUUUGACCUUAGUUGCUAGAAAGCAAUAUGACUCCUGGGUUUUCCAGUUAGUUAAAAUUCACUGAUGUAUUGGAACCUUUCCUGCAACAUUUGGUAUUAAACAGGACCUUGAUAAGCACCAUCUAACCAAUGUUAUUUGUCUGUAUGAUCACUUGCUAAGAAAAUAAUGUGCCACUGGACUGCAAAUGUUGUCACUGUCGAUUUAAAAUAAUCAUCUUGCAAUAGAAAUUUAAUUUUCAUAGGCUGAAACAGCACAUAUGAAUGUUGUCUGAUUCAGGCCGUUAUCAUUAUUUCUGAGGUUAUUUCAUGAAUAUGAACUUUAUCUUAGUUUUGCAGACUUCUAUAUUGCACAGUGUUUCUCAGCUUGCUGCUUUACAUAUUGAUGGCAUUGUUGUUUCCAAUUUAGUUGUGGCUAUUUUGUUACCUGGAGGUCUAUUUUGUACUGUAAAUGACUUGAGAGAGUAAAUAUACCUGCCCCACA